AUGGCCCCCGCAGUAUUUGUUCACCUAACCAUUCUGACUGCGAUCGUAACCGCUAUAAUCACCGCUAUCCCAACAGCCGCUAUUCGUCUCCCCGUCACUCGACCGGCAAAUCGCAGCCCGUAUUCGAGCCGUGACGUACACAUUCAGGAUGACGAUGACGAUGACGAUGACAGCGACGGAGCAGAGCACCCGAGUCAGGAAUCUCCUCUGCCGGAAGCCGAAGAGAGCGAGAUUGACAGUGUGGAUGAGGAGGAUGACCCAGGGGACUCGGAGCAGUUGGACGGCGCUGCGCCGAUUAACCGCACCAACGCCGACCCCGGACACGCGGACGACGAGUCAGAGGACGGGGAAAGCGGAAAUUCCCCAUCGCCUCCGUCUGCGCCUUCGCCUCCGCCAGUGGACCUGGCGGAGCAGCUGCGCCUGCCCGAGUCGUGCAUCCUGCGCCGCUCCCUCUCCCGCACCGACCACACCGCCGCCAUCGUCACUCUGCUGCUCCUCCCGCGCUAUCAGCCCACCUUCCCCAGAAGCUUCCUGGCGCAGGUCGACUCACGGAUGAGGCGGCACGAGAUACACCUGGAUGCCAGGCUGUACGGGGAGUACUCGCUUGUGGCCCUCACUCAGCUGCUGCCGCCCCUUGCGCCUCCCUCCCUGCCCGCGCCGUCGCCACCGCCCGUUCCGGCCCCACCAGCCCCAGGCAACAGCGGCAGCAGCAGCGGUGGCGGUGGUGGUGGUGGUGGCUACACCACCAGCGAUGCCAGUGGUAACAGCAAUGUCGUUGACAGUGCGAGUGGCAGCAGCAGCAGCAGCAGCAGCAGCAGCAACAGCACGAGCAGCCAAGGAGGAAGCAGCCCUAGCCCGGGGGGGGUAGCCAAUUACAGUGGCUCCAGUAGCAAUAGCCUUGGCUCUGGCACUGCCACGGGAGGGGUGGGCGCACAGGCACAGGCAGGCGGAAACAGUGCAGGGGAGAACAGUGCAGGGGAGAAUGGGAGCGAGCAGCAGGGGAUGAGCGUGAACAUGGUAGUGCUGCUGGUGGUGGGUGCGGUGGCAGUAACUGCAGUGGGCGUGGGUGCCCUGCUCUACUGCACUUGGAUGCCUCGCCGCACCGUUGAUCCAAGUACAAUCCCACGCACGCCCAUCUCUCCCCCUCUCCCACUCCCCGUCCUCACAUGUGCAGCGGAGCCAGAGGUGCUGAUCAAGGGCAAGGGGUCAAGCAGCGACCUGCAGCACCCAAUCCAUCCUGCACAUUCGGAUGAGGAUGGGGAUGCCUAUGCAAAUUGCUGUCUCGCGUCAAGCACAGCUGGAUUCACGGCAGGGGCAGCAGGGGCGUACAGUAAGAUGGGUGCACGCGAUGACGGAGCGGACACAAGGGCAGAGCCUGGAGACGAGUGUGUGCGUGCUGCUGUAUCCGCGGCUGCACUGCCCGCUGCAGGGCUGGGUUGUGGGCGGGGCAGCGAGGGCAACAGCGAUGGGGGAGUUGCAGGGGGCAGCGGAAAGGGAGGAUUGGGUGGGCUGUCCGGGGUGAGGGAGUUCUCCCUCCAAGAAAUGGCUCUCGCCACCAACAACUUCCACGAGUCGUCAGUCCUGGGCGAGGGCGGCUUCGGGCGAGUCUACCGCGGCACCAUCCCCCCCCAACCGCACUCCACCUCCUCCUCCCCCCCUGCUGCUCCUAUCGAAGUGGCAAUAAAGAGGAUGGACCGGGGCGGGCGGCAGGGCGACAGGGAGUUCCUAGUGGAGGUGGAAGUUCUGUCACGCUUGCACCACCGCCACUUAGUUAAGCUUCUCGGCUACUGUGUAGCACCGGGCGAGCACAUGCUGUGCUACGAGCUGCUGCCGAACGGCAGUCUGCACUCGUGGCUGCACGGGCCGCACUCCCACCACGCCUUCCUCGACUGGCCCGCGCGGGUCAGCAUAGCAGUGGGCGCGGCGAGGGGGCUGGCGUAUCUACACGAGGGGUCGCAGCCAGCGGUGAUUCACCGCGACUUAAAGCCGUCCAACAUCCUGCUGGAUGCGCGCAUGAGCCCCAAGCUCGCUGACUUUGGGCUCGCCAAGGCGGCGCCGCAGGGGGCGGAUGAGCACGUGUCCACCCGCGUCAUGGGCACCUUUGGGUACGUGGCGCCGGAGUACGCAAUGACGGGGCAUCUGAUGGUGCCCAGCGACGUGUACAGCUUCGGGGUGGUGCUGCUGGAGCUGCUGUCGGGCCGCAAGGCCGUUGACACCUCGAGGCCACUCGGCCAGGAAAGCCUCGUGCUCUGGGCGCGUCCACUGCUCUCAAAGCCCUCCCGCUACCUCCACCUGCUGGACCCGCGCCUGCUCGCCUGCCCUUCACCGCCCCCCCCUGCUGCGCUGCACACUGUCGCCACACUCGCCAAUGCCUGCGUCCACAGCGACCCCGCCGCCCGCCCCUCCAUGAGCACUGUCGUCGAGCUGCUGCGCCGCGCACAACAGACAAGCAACGCCGACCAGAAGCAACCGUCGUUUGCGUCUCUGCUGUCGCUGGAUACACUGUGCAUGGCAUCGCCUUGUGUGCAAGAGCAGGGCGGCUCCCUCAUGCCACCUGAUUCCAACCCCGAUUCCUCCUUGGGACCCCACAGCCCCAGGUCACUCGCAGCAGGAGCAGCAGAGACAGCAGACGAGAUCAAUCUGCUGCCAGCAGUCGGCGCAGCAAUGGGAAUGGCAACCCCUCUGUUGCCAGAAGUAGGAGCAGCCGAAGCAGCAGAAAUAGCGGAACCGGGGCGUGUCCCCUCCCGCCUGAUGGGUCUCAGCUUCCGCCUCGAGCUCACUGUGACUUGGGGAGGAGACAGCACAGAGACACAGGAACAAUGCUGGAUGGAGCAGUGA